AUGUUUUUUGCAGUGCAGGAUGUGGUCUUCUACGCAUACAACAACGAGCACGUCUCGGGUGACCUCUCCGAACACUUCUGUGACGAUGUGCGCGGGAAUAAUCUAGACAAUCCUAUCAUAGGCACCUACACCAAGCGUGCCUCCCAGUGGACCAUGUGUAAUAAGGGCCACCGCUGGUGGAUGGACAAUUGGGCCUAUCCCAUGCUGAAGAAAAAUCUUGCCGCCUACAUGGAAGAUAAGUACACCUUCAGGAUAGGUGCGCUGGAAAACUUUGGCAACACACCGACACGCAUUGAGGCCAGGUACAAAUGUCCGAAUCGUUUACAAACGCUGUUGCCGUUGCACCUCGACUUCGACUCUGCCUUGUACCACCCACGUGGCCGUCAUGUGUGUGCGUGUCGCUUUGGCGACGUGUACGCUCUAUGUGCACAGGACACGGGGAAGCUGUUAAAGAGCUACUACGGUGACGAGUUCAUGACGCCCAGUCGGGUGAUGUCAGAAAGCUGGGAGUUCGGAUAG